CUCCUGCUUAGCCUGGAUGCCGUUACCCUCAUCGCAGAGGUUGGUGAAUGCACCGCCAAGCUCAUGCGCGCACUCAUCCCGCAUCCCUAGACGAGCGACAAUUCCAUUCUGCUGGAUGUCGGGAAAACGGCCAAAUGAUUGGCCCAGAGGCCGCAAGUUCGCUCGCAAUAAGUGAAAGACAUGUGCCUGGUUGGUUUACCCCAGUCUGUUCUUCCCGAAUCACCCCACGAACCUGGGGUCUCCUCCCAGGAAUACGGUAGAUGGUGAUCAUGUCUAACUACUUUUGGACAUGUCAGUAUGUACUCGCAGGCUCUUUUUGUUGUCAAUAUCUUUCUCAUGUUGCCUCGUCUUUAUUUAAAAGGCAUGGGUAGAUCUUAUGAGUUUCCAGUUCCCUGAAUCCCAUCAUCGUUCACAACAUAGCGACCCUGGACCACAGCGAUCUAACGCCAAGAACUCGAGGAGCCUGUCUUCGGCUUUUUUCUAUCGCCGUACAUCUAGAAGCACAAUGACUUCAACCAAGGAACAUCCGGAUUAUGUUGAGGAGCCUCCACACCUCGAGGUCCCACGAGUAACUUGGUAUAAGCACGCCGGCUUGCGGAGCCUCUACAUCAGGAUGCCAAUCCUGAUGCUUUGCGCUACCAUCAACGGUUAUGAUGGAAGUCUCUUGAACGGUCUUCAGACUAUUGAGAACUGGCGAGCUUACUUCAACCAUCCCUCCGGCUCUACCCUUGGACUGUUCACUGCUAUUGUCAACAUCGGUGGUUUCAGUGCACUAUUCUUCUCUCCGUACAUUGCCGACUUCUAUGGUCGUCGCAUCGCGACUGCGAUCGGCAUCAUCAUCCUGGUCGUGGGUGUCAUCAUCCAAUCUGUUCCAAGCGUAAACGAAGGCAUGUUUAUCGGUGGUCGUUUUCUCGUGGGAUUCGG